UAAGUGCUCCCAACAAUCUUUGUUUCAGUUUAAGAAGAACCACGCUACGGUAAACACGCGAAAGUCCAUGGUAAUAAUAAACAGUGAACGUUGUUCGUCGUAUCUCUUAGUCGCAGUUUCAGGGAAAACGGUAUAGAGCGGAAAGACGAUAACGCAUGCGCAUACCAAACUAUAGCAAAGCUUCAGCAAUCGCGCUGUAUACGCUGUGAAACGAAAAGUGAAACAAGUUUUGAGUGCUGUUUUUUCAGUUUCCUCUUUGUGUAUUUCUUUGAAACGACAAAAAAAAGUACAUUUCGGCUGGUCGGUUUUCGCAUGAGACCGACUACAAAGUUAUGACGCAGAGUGAGACGGUACGACGAAGUGUAUUGAAUCAACUAGUAUUUCGGUUUUCACAAAACAUGCAAUGAAAUUUCUCAAAAAAGAAAAAGUGAAGUGAAAUGGAAUCAAAUCAAACGUAAUCGUAAUAAGCCUAAAGAAAUCAUGACAAAAAUUGUGUUUUUAACAAAAUAUGUGCAUAUCUGUUGAAAAAAACCCCGCCUCCCACAAGCAUACAGAAAACAUAGCAAAAAAAGAAAUAGAGAGUGUUUCACGAAAUUAAUCAUCCACGUAGUCUAAAGCAAAAAACAACAACAAAUAAAUAAUUCCCAUUUUUUUCGCUUGAAAAUGACAUUGAAUCUGUGGCAUUCGAUAAUAGGCGGAAGAAGUUGUUGUUUCGUUCAAUUAUGCAAAUUUAAAAGUGCCUGGUGUAUAUAUGCAACAAUAGCUGUAUUAUGUUCAAUUAUUCCCUUGUAUGCAGAAGCCGCCAGCAGCUUCGACGAAGACGAUGGUCCAUAUCAGGGGAAGUACUUAGGAAAAAUAAAUUCAUACCAUCACCAGGUCUCUGGUGAUGUAUAUGCCGUCAAUGAGUUUACCUUCCUUUUUGUGGGUUUCAAUUACGAUGGCAAUGGUGCUGAUACCUUCUUUUGGGCAGGAGCCUCUAAUAGGCCUGGUCCACAGGGCUUUAUUGUGCCCGAUGAGUAUGGCAAAACAAAUAUUUUAGAUCGUUAUCAUAAUAAAGAUUUCACCUUGUCUCUGCCGGAUCGUAAGAAAAUAACCGAAGUUAAAUGGUUGGCUGUCUACGAUUUGAAUAAUCAAAACAAUUUCGGUGAUGUCUAUAUACCCGAGGAGUUUGAACCACCUCAACCCCAAGUUGGGGGUACAUUUUCCAAACGUAGUCAUAAUGUUAGUAGUGGUGCUAUUGAAAUUUUGGACUCGAAAACCAUAAGAAUACCAGAUUUUACCUAUGAUGGCAAAGGUAAAAGAACAUUUUUCUGGACGGGUGUUGGAGCCCAACCCUCUAGUCGUGGCAGUAAGAUACCAGAUGAAAUGGGAUACCUAGAUCCCAUACGCCCAUAUAGUAAGGAGACCAUAACACUAGAAUUGCCUGGUGACAAAACCAUAUUCGAUAUUGAUUGGAUUAGUAUUUACGAUUUAGCGGAUAAUGAAAAUUAUGGUCACGUUCUUAUAGCAGAUAAUCUAAAUGUGCCACCCUCCUUGGUCCAAAUUACUCCGUAUGAAUUUUCAUUGCCCAACUGUCGACAAUUGCAUAAAAAUUUACAAGUAUCCUGGGAGGUGUUUGGACCACAAAUUACCCUUCAACUAUCGGGACAAGUGGAUAAGGAUGAUUAUAUGUCCUUUGGAUUGUCUGGUUCAGAUACUUCAUCACAAAUGAUAGGCGGUGAUGUUGUGGUGGCCUAUUUGGAUGAUAUACGUGGUUAUUCGAUUGAUUAUAAUAUAACCUCUUUGGCUCCAUGUGUCCAAGUGUUGGGACAAAAUAAAGGUGUUUGUCGCGAUGAUGUAGUGGGUGGUUUGGACAGUUUCCAAUUGAAUACCUACAGUCGUAAGGAUGGUAUAAACACCUUGACCUUUCGAAGGACUCUGAUAUCUUCUGAUUCCGGUGAUAAAGAAAUCCGCCUGGAUAGAAGUAAUUAUGUCAUUUGGGCCUUGGGUAAAUUGGACACCAAUUAUGAGCCUGCCUUCCACACCUAUUACCCCAAAAGUGAUGUUCUUAUUGAUUUUAAUACCACGGAACCUGUCAAUGACUGCUUCAGUUUUACCAAACACGUAGAUGCUCCCAUACAAACAUGGGAAAGAAUCAAAAUUUUAGAUCCCACUAUACGUACUUUCAAUGCAUAUUUGGGUCCUUCUGGUGGUCUGAAAGGAUAUCAAGGAUGGACAGGUCACGUUUCCAGUGGUUUAGCUUGGUAUUUAAAUGGUUACAUGAUUCCAGAAUUAUUCAUGAAACGAGGUCUUACUUAUGUUUUCAAAGUUCGAGGUGGCAAUAAUCCCCAUUCUCCCGACAACUAUCAUCCGCUUGUUAUUACCGAUGAGCCGCGGGGCGGAUACGAUCGCCUUAGUGAUGCCAAACAAAGUGAAAUUCGAGUUUUAGCUGGAGUUGAAUUUACACGGCGAGGACGUCCAAAACCCACAGCUGCGGGUCCUCUAUGCAUAUCACGCUACCCCAUCGGUUAUGAUCGUCGAUUGGAUGAUAAUUUUCCAAGUUUUAAAAAAUUCAAUCGUUCACUGGUAACCGAUUGUCCUCCCGAAGAACCGGCAAUCUUGGAAAUCACACCCAACAUAACAUGGCCCGAUACCGUGUAUUACAACAGUUUUACACAUGCCAAUAUGGGUUGGAAAAUUAACAUUAUCGAUAAUUUCAAUAAUGUGAAGAACUCUGCAAAGUCGGUGUUACAAGGUUUACGUAGUUUUUCGACGAUGACCUUUGUUACAAUAGUGAUAGUUAUGAUGAUAAGAUUUUAAAUAAUUUAUUCGAUAAUGACUGAUGUUAUUUAUUAGAUAAAAGAUAUAUACAUAAAUGCAAUAUAUACAGAAAAAAAACAAAAAUCAUUAUUCAUUAGAAAGUAUUCAUUUAAACCUUUUUUAUGAUAAAAAAAUUUAAGUAAUAUGAGCAUAGAAAACCUAUGUAUUUUAUACCAAUUUAGAAAAUUUGUACAUUUUUUAUUUUAUCUCAUAAAUGUGUAUAAAUCAAAUCUACCUACAUAUUAACUGGUCUCUUAAAUUAAUUCCCGAAAUUCUCUCGACUCCUGUCCUCAAAAUCAGUCAUAUUUACCAUUGAACGAAUGUAUAGCAAAAAAUAAGUCAAAAAUAAAAUAA